UCAUCGGGGAUAAGAAGGCGGUCUCCGGUGAUUUGGGGUGAGCUGCAGAAGGAGUCUCGGGCCCACAUUCACCAGGAUGGGUCGCUUGGUUACAUUCUUCCCGUGUUUGGCCCAGUGGAUCUUAAGAACUUGGCCGAUUUUCCUGAGAAGUGGUUUGUCAAUUGCAAGAUGUCCCGAUCCCCGAAGGUUAUUGAGGUGGCCAAGAAUCCUAUGCUCAGCUGGGACCUGGGCGCGGAGCUUUCUGUGGACAGCUUGACGUUUUCUCAGCAGAUAGAGUAUGCCGCAAUUUCUAUUGCUCAAGGCCUUGUUGUACUGGUCCAUGCCCACGAGGGGGUGAAGAAAUACAUGAAGGAGGCCAAUCCGGUGAUAGACGAGCACAAGGUUUGCGUUGAGACGAUCUGCUCCCUCAAGAUCUGCAACAACUCUCAGUUUCGGAAGCCACGAAGAAGGGGGCCAAGUCGAAUUGAUGGUAACCUCGGUGGGAUGGUGACGACGGUCAGCGGGUUGCGGCUGAAGCCACGGAGAAGGGGGCCAAGUCGAAUUGAUCAAGAAAUCAUUUCUCAUUUUGGUCUUAUGGCGACAUGCGACAGGGAAGAAGAAUUAGGGCAUAUGGGUCAGGUGUGCAAAAUCGAGUUUGAAGGGAUAAAAAUG